AUGACAGCAACUGAAUCCAAAAACAUUUUUAACUCAGCUAAUGCAGUACAAAAUAAUGAAAUAUCAAGGGAUAACAAUGUCUUAAGUAAUGUCAAAUUGGUACCCAUCAAGAGACCAUUGGAGCCAGCUACUCCAUCGAAGAAUUCACCAAGAAAGAGGAAAAUUCAGAGUCCUUAUAAGAAGGUCAGAUUAUUAACCGAAAAGACAUUAUUACAAGGUGCGGAAUCACCAACAGAGAGACCCAUAAAGAAAACUCUAAUUGACCUACAGUUCGCUAAUUUCAAAAAGCAUCUUUUAUCACACAUUUAUCAGACCUUACCUGUGGAGCAAAUCACGGUAUAUCCAUUCUUAAACAAUGUCCAACAAGAGAUUGAUCGAAUCCUAAGACAAUCCGUUAUUCAAAAGGAAAGUAAUUCAGCAAUUCUUGUUGGACCAAGGAAAAGCUUUAAAUCCUUCCUAUUAAACUACGAAUUGAAUCUGUUAUCUCAAAAUUAUGAUCAGCAGUUCAUUACCAUCAGAUUGAAUGGAUUCAUUCAUUCUGAAUUGACUGCCAUUAAUUCUAUUGCUAUUCAAUUGGAAAAACAAUUGGAGAAGAUUCAUGGGAAAAGACCAUCAGAUAAGAAAGUAAGUAUAAGUGGUGGUUCAAACACUGAAGUCUUUGAAAGAAUUCUUAGAUUAUUAGAUUCAGCAAGUAUUUCAGAUGUGAGUACGGAUGAUAAAACUAGAAAAGGUGAUGAUAAUAAGAUUACGGUGGUUUUCAUCUUCGACGAAAUUGAUACGUUCGCUGGACCAGUACGUCAAACUUUAUUAUAUAAUCUUUUCGAUAUGGUAGAACAUGCAAGAGUACCUGUUUGUAUAUUUGGAUCCACCACUAAACUAAAUAUAUUAGAAUAUCUUGAGAAAAGAGUGAAGAGUAGAUUUUCACAACGUAUCAUAUACAUGCCUCAGUUCCAAAAUAUGAAUGACUUCAGGAAGAAUACAGAACAUAUGCUUACGUUGAACGACGAUAAUAAUACUUCUGGUUUGGGGUUUGAUAAAGAUUUGGAAACGGAAUGGAAUAAUUUAAUUUCGUAUGAACUACAAAAUGAAAGCUCUAAAUUGUUUCAUGCUUUGAAAACUAAUUAUGAGACUUUUAUGUCCUUAGAUUAUCUGAAAAAUGCCAUUAUUCCAAUUAUUUCUAGAUCAACAUCCUUGCAAUCAUUGAAGGAUUCCAUGAUAUCAUGCAAAGGGAUAGUGGAAUAUAAUACCAACCAAUUAGAAGAUAGUUUAACCUCUAUGGUACAAUCAUUAUCGGAUUUAGAAUUGGCCAUAUUAUUAUCUGCUGCAAGGGUGUCAUCAAAGAAGAAGCCUAGUCUUUUCAAUUACAACCUUUGUUAUUCUGAAUAUGAAGCCAUGAUAAAAUCGAUGAAUGCAAGAAUCCCCACGGUGGCUUCUACACCAGGUGGUGCUGCUUCUGUAAAUUCAUCUCCAACAAAACGUAUAGUAGAUAACACCAUAAAACAAUGGAAUAAGCAAGAUGUUCGAAACGUUUGGGAAUCAUUAGCUAACAUGAAAUUAUUGACAGAAGCUGGUGCUACCGGACUGAAGGAAUCCGCCACAUCAGUUGCGAAUGCCAAUUACAACAACUUACAGGGAACCACAGUUAUACCGUUUGAUUUGAGGAAAUUUCAAGUUCAAAUAGAUCUACAAGAAUUGAGAAGAAUUGUUCCUCGUUCAUCUAUGUAUUACUCCUGGACACAGUUGUAA